AUGACGUUCCGCGAACUCCUCCUCCAGCUCGUCUUCCCAUGGAUGCUCAUGUCCAUCUCGCUCUACUACGGCCUCGUCACUGUCGUCAAGCUCCUGCUCGCACUCGACUUGGCCACCCUCACCAGCUGGGACAAGUUCAACGAGGCCUGGUUCGGCAACUUUUGGGUGUACAUGGGCCCCGUGUCCAAGGAGGGCGCCGAGGCGUGGGUCAGGCCUCUGCUCGAGGGCCGCGUCCGCCAGGGCGACAUCUGCCAGACCGUCCAGCACCCCGUCGAGGGGACCGUGCUUGAGAUUGGGGCCGGCAGCGGCAUGUGGAUGGACGUCCUCGCCCAAGUCACCGCCUCAUCGGGCAAGGCGACAAAAGUCUACGGCGUGGAGCCGAAUCCCAUCUCGGCCGCGGCCCUGCGACGAAAGGUCGAUGAGCUGGGUAUGCAGGGUCGCUACGAGGUCCUGCCGUACGGCAUCGAGGAUCUCCAGGCCAAGGCGGACAUGCAGCCGGGGAGUGUGGACUGCAUCGUGACGGUCCAGUGCCUGUGCAGCAUCCCCGAGCCGGACAAGAACAUACGCCUACUGUAUGAGUAUCUCAAGCCCGGUGGCCGGUGGUACGUGUACGAGCACGUCAAGGCGGAGGAGGGCCUCUUGGUGCCCGCGUAUCAGCGCUUCUCCAACUUCUUCUGGACAUUCUUCAUGGGAUCUUGCUCAAUGUGUCGCUCCACACGCUCAUCCAUUCUCAGCGUGGGCAGCUGGCGCGCCGUAGACCUUGAGAGGCGCGUGGACGAAGGUCCCCUGUCCGUCAUCCCGCAUACCAUGGGCACGUUGCAGAAGGCGUGA